CUUCUCUCACUCCCGUUUUUUCCCGUUCGUUUACCCUGCCCAAGACCUCCCGUCGAUUCCAUCUACUCUGUCCGGCGUUUCCGUCCAGCAGACCCACAGCGCCGGCGAGCCUCCGUCACAGGGAAGCAGCGGCCGUCCGUCACCUCUCUCUCUUUCCGUCGAUCUCUCCCCUUCCGUCUGUUUCCGCUGCUUUUUGCCCGUUCGUCCCUGCCGUUCCGCCAGCCAGGGAGAGCCACGCCGCCGUCGCCGACAGCCGCCGUUUCUCAUUUUCCCGUCGCGCAGCUGAUUCGACCGCGCCAGGUAGUGGCAGCGGCGAGUUUCUCUUCUUCAUUCCGGGUUUCAAUUUCUUCAAUUUCGAGCUUUAAGCAGCCAUCCUGCCAGACUUUGAAGGAUACCUGUAGAAUUAGCGUCUGCAAUGGACCCUUCAAUCAUGAAACUCCUCGAAGAAGAUGAGGAUGAAACUAUGCAUUCAGGAGCAGACGUAGAGGCCUUCACAGCUGCCCUAAAUAGGCAUAUCAAAGGGGGGGAUGGUUCUUUGUCUCAACCGGCAGGUGGCGGGAACAGUCGCUCUUCAAAUCAAUUUGUUGACUGGAAAAGCACCAAUCACAGUGAAAAUACAUCGUCUCCGAGCCUUCAGGAUUCCAAUGUCACACUGCAGCAAUCAUACAAUAAUAAUAAUUCAUCUGAAAUGGAGCUAACACAAAUGGGUCAAGAUGCUGAGAAUCAACAUCAAAAUGAUUCCUCCAAAGAUGCUGGUCAGCUAUCAACACAUGAACAACCUAUGCAGAGCUCUGAUAAGAAUGCUGUCCCUAUGCUGGAGCACAGCAGAACUCAAAAUCCCGACACUCAAUAUCUCAAAGUGAACACUCAACAACCCACUUGCACAGCUAUUACAGGUCAACAUUCCAUGCCUGUUGGGACAAGUAGUCAGCAACAAAAGAUGACCAGUCAAACAGAAAUGGUUUCAAUGACAGGCAGCCAAUCUGCAGGCAAUGUACACCAGCCAGGAAAACAAGUGCCAUUUGCCAUGUUAUUCCCUCACAUUCAGCCCUUGCUCGAUAAGGACAGAGCAAUGCAACUUCAGACUCUAUACCAUAGACUAAGGAAAAAUGAAAUUACCAAGGAUGGUUUUGUUAAACACAUGAGGAAUCUUAUAGGUGACCAGAUGCUUAAGAUGGCUGUUUUUAAAUUCCAGUCUCAGGCCGCUAGAGAGGCACAAUAUGGACAAGCUAAUCAGUUUCCACCAGUGUCUCAGGUUUCAAUGCAACAACAUAUCCAAUCAACAUCAAAUGAUUCAAGCAACUUGGUGAUGAAUAGUAAUGCUCAAAAGUUGCAUGAGGGGGAUCACCACACAGAUUUACAUGGAUUGCCAGGAGGCCAAGUGUCUACCUCAAAUUUGGCUGCAAUAAAACAAGAAAGGGAGCAUCCAACAUUCCCUAUGCAGGGACUUAAUAACCAUCAACAAAAGCAUUUUCACUACCCCCAGGCAUCUUUUUCUUCAUUUGGGCAUAUGGGGAACAAUUUUCAUCCAUAUCCUCCCACUAAUACUUUAUCAAUGCCGACACCUAUUAAAUCCCAACCACAGGAUCACCAUAUAAGGCCAACACAGUUAGGACCUGGAUCUCAGACUAUGAAUAUGACCACCACACCUAAAUUUGAAAGACAGAAUUCUUUGGGGGAACAAAGGAGACCUGCUGCUCAAAUGACUAGUUCAAUCUCACAACAGGGUUCACCUCAUUGGCAAUCAGCAGGCAAUAAUGAGAGGAGAAGUAUACUCCCAUCACCCAUGAUAAAUGCAAAAGCAGAACCAACAGAUCAGUUACAUGAUCAGCAGCUCAAGUCUCAGUUAUCUUCUCCUUCCUUCACCCCUGCACAAAAUGAACCAGGAGCUUCUACUUUAGGAACUUUAAAUGAUGAAACUUAUGUCCAACCCUCUACAGCAGGUUACUUAACAGCUGGACAGAGGGUAGCUCAAACAUCAGGCCCAAUGUCCACUCCAUCUCAUGUUGACACUAAUAAUUUGAUACACUCCAACGCACUUGCUGUAACAUCUCCAAGUGGACCUGGAAAUAAUGCCAAAAAUCUGUCAAAGAAGCCAUCAAUUGGCCAAAAGAAGCCACUUGAAGUACUUGGGUCUUCACCUCCUCCGUCAGGGAAGAAGCAAAAGGUAUCUGGAGGCUUUUCAGAUCAAAGCAUUGAGCAGCUCAAUGAUGUCACUGCUGUUAGUGGAGUUAAUCUCAGGGAAGAAGAGGAGCAACUGUUUUCUGGCCCCAAGGAAGAUAGUCGGGUCUCUGAAGCAUCUAGGCGAGCUGUGCAAGAAGAAGAGGAACAACUAAUUUUACAGAAAAUCCCGCUUCAGAAGAAAUUGACUGAAAUAAUGGGAAAAAGUGGACUGAUGAAAAUGAGCAAUGAUGUGGAGCGGUGCUUAUCAUUGUGUGUUGAGGAAAGGUUGCGCGCACUGAUAAGUACUGUCAUCAGGCUGUCAAAACAGCGAGCUGACAUUGAGAAGACAAGGCAUAGAACAAUUGUUACCUCUGAUGUUCGCCAACAAAUCAUGGCAAUGAACAGAAAGGCUCGGGAAGAAUGGGAGAAGAAACAAGCCGAAACAGAUAAACAUCAAGACAUAAAUGAACCAGAUGGUAGUACUGCAGCUGAGAGUGAUAAGGAUAGGGAUGAUGGUCAAGCAAAGUCACUGAAGGUAAAUAAGGAAGAUGAUGACAAGAUGAGAACAACGGCUGCUAAUGUUGCUGCUCGAGCUGCUGUCGGGGGAGACGAUAUGUGGACAAAGUGGCAGCUGAUGGCAGAACAAGCUAAGCAGAAACGUGAUGCAGCUUCGGGCUCACAUCAUAGUAAAGAUUUCUCCCAGAGGUCAUUGUCUUCUUCGUCUAGGAAUCCUAGGGACCUCCAAGAUGUUGAAAGGAGGAGCUCAUCAACCUCAGUCAUCACACAAGCAAGUGAGGAUAGGAGUGUGGGAAGAAAUCAGAUUGUGUCCCAAUCAAGAGUUGGCUGCUGCAGCAUUACUGUAAAAGAUGUGAUUUCUGUGCUCGAAAGGGAGCCGCAAAUGUCGAAAUCCACUUUGGUUUAUCGCCUGUAUGAGAGAAUCCCUUCUGGUGCUUCUUCGGCUGAUGAAUAGAUCUCGGCGUGCUUACAGCUAAAGAAGCUAUGCCGCAUCCAUACUUCUUCCAGGAAUCCAGGUCAGGGCUGCCGAAAAUAGCAUGGGGCGCACACAGUAAUGAAAGCCUCUCUCUCAGGCCCUGUGAGUACAUUGCUUGCUGUAACAAUGACAUGAUAAUCGUGUACUGAAAAUGCACUUGUUUAUUCACCAUUAGGAAUUUAAAGAGCAAAGAUUGACACUGUUUUAGCUGUAGAAAAUAAUGGAUUAAUGCAAAAGAUCAGAAUAAUGGGCUAGAAUAAUGGAUUGCUGCAUUUUAUUUAGUAUUAUUGCGAUUAAUAUUUCUUUAAUUGUUACGGAGUACAAGAAACUACUUGGUGUGUU